AUGAUUAAAUUUCAUCCGCUGAGAAGCACUUUAGGACAUCUUAAAGAUGUGGAAAGUGCUAAACGUAGCUGUGUUUGUCAGACUUUGGUGCAAAUAAAUUUAAUUUUGUGUUUCAAACCAGGUGACUCGUUUGCACAGUUUCGGUUUGCUGAGGAAAAAGAGUGGGAAAUAGAGGGGACUUCCAGUAAACAGCUAUCACCUUUGUUUGUUGACUGCCAAUCUCUGGCUCAAUCCCUUCAAGAACUCCCCCUCUACCUUAGACUGAAUGUGGAAGCUGAGUUGGUGCAGAUCACUCUACCUGCUGAGCUACCACAAGUGAGACUGAAGGAUUUGCAUGAUGGCCCAAGUAAAUUUAGAGCACAAGCAGCAACUCCCUUGGGAGUUGUUAAUACCAUGCCACUAAAUGCAGUGGCUGAAGAUCCAGGCAAACAUACCUUCAAUGUCACACUUAACUCUGCAAUACAAGUACCUAAGAGUGCCCCUUCUGCAUCUCAGCAAGCACCAGAUAAGCUAGACGAGGAGCUGGAUAUUUUACUUCAAUUAGGAACACCUGCCAGUAAAAGUGAGGGUGAUUUCCUGAAUAUAGCUCAAAAUUCAGAAGUUCUUUGUGAUGCUGAAACAGUUACAACUUCAGCCGACUCUUCAGGUACUGAAGUGGUAGACAAUACAAAUUCACAACUAACAGAAACGGCUAAGAAGCUUGACCCUGAAGAAGAACUGGAAGAUUGGUUGGAUAGCAUGAUAUCAUGAUUAGGGUUUUGCAAGUAAAAGAAAAUUAAAAGUACAUUAACUGUAAACAUAACAGUGGCAUCUUAACUUCCUGCAGCGUUUAUUCCAACUGAAUUUCAUUGCUGACAAGUUAAAUACAUAUUUUAAAAAAUGUGUGAAAUGUUGGUGUAAAUGUUUACACCCAGUGAAAUUCUGUUGAAUAGCUUAGAUUUAGUGACAGAGUUCUAACUAAUUACAUGUAAAAAGAUUGCAGAGUCAAGGCGUAACGAAAACUGUUGAAAACCAUGAAUAAAGUGGCCUUUUUUCUGCGUAAAGAGUUAAUUCACACAUUAAUCAAAUGACUCUUUUUUAUAUGAUCCAUUUUCAACAACCUUGAGUCUACACUCAUGGCCAAACAUUUUCAUCCCAACCAAUGAUAGCAGAAGUGCUAUUGGUAAUCAGAUUUAGGAUAAAAAGAGGUAAUCCUGUAAAAAGAUAUAUUAUUGAAUUUAACUUGCUUUAUUUCACAACUGUGCAUCACAUCGCAAACAGUCAGCACUGACCAAUUCACUAGUGCCAAAUGAUUUGAAAUUGAAGUUUUAAGGAAAAGUGUACAAACAAGCAGACAGCCAACGCACAUAUAAUAUUAAGUGUUACAGAAUUUCACAAAAUUAAAUGUCUUAUCCAGUAACAACUUUGUAAGCAGAAUGAGAACAAGCUUAAGGUCAUACAGCACACAAUAAGACUUGACAUUGUGAACAGGAGAAUAAAUUCUAAGGUAGCUUUUCUGAUGAGCAUAAACUAAAAAAACAGAACAUUCACAUUGUUGCAUAGCUUUGGCUAUAGGUAAGGCACUUUUUUUCUAGUACUUUUUUGCAGUUUUAACCCUUGUUAUACUUGUUGGUCUGUCUAUUCAGUUAACCAAAGUCACAGCAAAGGUUUAUUUAAAGUCUGGUUAUAUCACUUCCAAUUCUGAUAAGUGUUGCACUUUCAGUGCUUAAUGAUGAAUAUCACUGCAUUUUAAGACAGUUGUAUUUUUAAUACCUUUCACAUUUAUUCUCAUUUUGCCUCAACAAUAAGUACCUGCUUACUUCAUUUUCCAUUCAUAUAUUCAAGUAAAUCUUUAUGUGAUGGUCAGUAAGUAAAUUCAAGAAAUGUUUCCAUUUAUCCAAGCUGAUCCUCAUACUGUUUGCGGAAACAGUCUCCAGCGGGGAAAAAGUCCCAGCAGCGUUCCUGGUACAUCUUCCACACAAAAGAUUCCUUAAAUUGAUAGGCAGAAAAUUAUGAAUAAAGUUAUUUGUAAAUCAUACUUGCAAAUAUUAGAUAGUUUCGUAGUGCUUUAUCCUGUCCAUUUAAGUCCGCUGGCUCAGUAACAGCGAUCUAAACAAUGAGCGAGUCAGAAGGGUCAUGGCCGCUCCAGAAUGUGAGACACAUUCUAAGUUGAUUUUUCUAUCCACUACUGAAAGUGUGCUAUCUUAUCAGAGGUGUGGCAUUGACUGUCCCCGAGGCAUUAUAUAAAGAGUGAGCACCUGCAGUCAUGACCACCAUUUAUCUCUUAACUGAUUGUUUUGCAUGUGUUUGUUAUUUGCCUAAUUGCUGUUGUGGGACAGUGCUGUGUAUAAAAUGACUAACCCUGCCAGCGAACAUUUGAAAAGAAACAGUUCAAGUAUUUUGAGAGACCUUGAGGAAGUGGUUGUAGUGUUCAUGCCACACAAGUGUCAGUCAAUGACCACCUUCAGCAAGAGAGAAGCUAAGCAUCUCCUUUUGGUGUUCAAUGGCAUUACCGUUGCUAAAUCCCCUACUCGCAACAUCAUGGGAAUUACCAUUGACCAAAAUUUGAACUACGUUAGCCAGAAAGCUACAAGAACGGUUUGGAGACUGGGGAUUCUGUGGUGAGUAACUCAAUUCCUGACUCGACCAUCUACAUGGCAUAAGUGAGGAGUCUAAUGGAAUACUCUCUACUUGCCUGGAUGAUUGCAGCCCAACAGCCAAGAAGCUUGACACCGUUCAAGUCAAAGCAGCCUGCUUCAUCUGUGCCACAUCCAUCAACGAUGCCGGUGGCAGCAAUUCCACAGCAUCAGCGGCAAGUUCUCCAAGCCACUCAGUAUUCUGCAGCAAAACUGCAUUUCUGUUCCUUCACUGUCAGUGGGUCGGAAUCCUGGAACAUUGUCCCUAACAGCACUGCUGUGGUGGUUUUAAGAAUGCAGCUGACCACCAUCUUCUCUUGGGGAAAUUAAGGAUUGGCUAAACAGUGAUAUGCACAUACCCUGUGAGUGAAUUUUUCAAACUCCCAAAUUAUUUUUGAAGCUUUUCUUUAGAGUGUACUCUGUAUUUAGAGUUUGUAAAUUGUGCUAAUAUCAGAAUUAUUUUAAGUACAUGUCCACGAUUGGAUGCUGUGCACAAAUGUGAAUUACAGUUACAAAAAGGACCCUCUAUUGUACAAAAGGAAGUAAUAAUGGUGAUAAAAUGACAUGCUGUUCACUACCAGACUACUACAACUGGUCUUCACCUGACCAUUGUUAUUACUCUACAGCAGAAAUUCUUGUUCCACAGACAUUUCAUUACUCUGCUGGGUAACAUCAUCAGUGCAGCCUCCCAUGAAGCACUGCUGUAUUUUCCCAUCUGUUAUUUAAACACUGGUGUCAGUUGAGUUGGAUUACCUCACUUCCGGUUUUCCUUUGCAGUCAAGUAUAUAUAAUGUCUAGCUUUAUGUGUUUGUUGAUGGCUUUCUUAGUGGAGAACCAGGCCUCCAGGAAUUCCCGUGCUUGUCUCUCUUUGGCCUGUUCUAGGAUCCUGGUGUUGUCCCAAAUCGAACAGAGACAAGCACGGGAAUUCCUGGAGGCCUGGUUUUCCACUAAGAAGGCCAUCAACAAACACAUAGAGCUGGACCCUAUAUAUAUACCCCACUGCAAAGGAAAACCAGAAGUGAGGUAAUCCAACUCAACGGACACCGGAGUUUAAAUAGCAGGUGGGAAAACACAAUGGCACUUCAUCGGAGGCUGCACUGAUUAUGUUACCCAGCAGGGUAAUGAAACGUCUGCGGAACAAUGAACCAGCUUGGCCAGUCAACUGACCACAGCAUCCACAACCCGAGCUACAAAUCUACUCAAAAACUUUCUCUAAUGAACCUUUAUAUCUGUAAGAUGUGAGUAUUCUAUUACCCACCUGGUACGCCUUCACAGUGUAGCCUUGUUCAACUUAGGGGGCUAAAGUUCUGCUGCGCAUGUCUUAACUCAUCAUGUCCUUUCAACCCUUCACCUCUUUGCUCACUGACAUAUAUUGUCUCUCAGUUAAGCAACACCUUGAUUUUAAAGUUUUCACCCUAGUUUCCAAAUGAUUUGAUAGUGCACCUUCCCAUCCGACACUCCAUCUCUAAACAUUUCCAGCCCUACACUCCCCAUGAGAUAUCUGUGGUCCCUCGUUCAUGCAUCCUGACACUAUCUCAAAUUUUAUCACUAUACGAUUGGAGGUUAAGCUCAAAACUUUGGAAUUCUCUCCUUACAUCUCUCAUUCCUUCUUUAAGAGGCUCCAUAAAACCAACUUCUUUGACCAGGUUUGUACCCAUCUGUCCUAAUUUUGCCUUAGGUGGUGCAAACUUUUGUUUGUGUUUGCAAUAUGUUCCUAUAUAAAAGUUCUUGGAAUGUUUUACUAUGUUAAUACACCAUAUAAAUAAAAUGUUGGUAAAAUA